AUGCGCGUAGUAAAUAUGGUAGUUUUGAUUAGAAAUUUACAGAGUAGAACACUUCUAAACUUGCCUGGCUUAUUACAGAAUUGUAAUACUCUUGUGGACAUUUUACGAAUCAGUUAUUUUGAUGUGAACGUCAUUUUCGUAGGAAAAGGAUUUAUCAAGAGCCUUAAUUUACGUUAUAGGAGGAAAAAUGUUGUUACGGACAUCUUAAGCUUUCCAAGCAUCGAGGUCAGUACAAGAUGAAUUUUUGUGAUGAUAUGAGAAUUUUGAUAGAAGACGAGGAAUUCUGAGCGUCAUUUUUAGCUUCUUGAUAGUUAUGUCAAGUACAGUCUUUCCGUCAGUAGUACAAAUUUAGAUAGGCAAUCAAGCGUUAGUCAAUUAGUUUUGUGAAUUUUGUAUUUUAAUUAAUUGUUAUGGGUAAAUAAGUCAGUCUGUCAUUCUAUUAGUCUUUCCAUUUUUCAAUCUGUCUGGCAAUUUCUUUGUGAACUUUUUAGUUUAAUUUUUACAAAUUGAUUGAAUUAAUUAAGAACUGCAAAGUUGGCAUUAAAAGUUAUUUCAAUCAGACUUCAAUGCUGACAAAUACGGUAACACCAUGUGAAUUUCUUGUUGCUCUCUUCAACACUUAGGUAAAGGUAUAUUGUGAACGAACCACUUUACCUCAGAUUGUCUCAGUAUGUCACUGAUGGUUUUUUCCUACAGAAUUUAACACCUGGUGUACUGCCACCUCUUCCAAGGCCAGUUGAUGAUUACACACUGGGUGAUAUUGUCCUUGGAACCCCAAAAAUUGUUGAAGACUGCGAAGCUGAUGGCAAACAUUUGGAUGAUUAUUUACCAGUAUGUCCCUCCACUAGUUGUCACUUAUCAAUACAUUUUAUAACAUCUAUGACAUUUGAACUCUUUUUUUUCUGUUUAAUAGUUCAUGAAAUCAAUGAGUUUUUUUGUAACUUCAGGUUUUAAUAACCCAUGGCCUUUGUCACUUGCUUGGAUAUACACAUGACACUCAAAAGAAGCUUAAUAAGGUACAUGUAGUUAACCCUUUAACUCCCAUGAGUGACCCCGACAGAACUUCUCCUUGCAAUAUCAAUGCAAUAUCAACCAGAUAAGUGAUGAGAAUAAAGAAAAAUAUCAAUUAGGGGAUUAUAAGUUGAUCUAAUCCCAAAUUCUCCAAACUAACAUCACAAGAACUGUAUGGCAGACAGUAAGGAGAAUUAGUAAUGAGAUCUUGGGAGUUAAAGAGUUAAGAAAUAGAUUCCACGUUGCCUUGCGUCUGUUCAGUUUUAGGUCAUAGAUGGUGCCAAAAUGUGAUGAGAACAAGAAAGACACAGGAGGUGCAGCUACAACAUUUAAUGAACAGCACCCUUAAGUUUCAUUCUCUCAUACUCAGUUAUGUAAUUGUUCAUAGUAAGUAGAAGUUUCAAAAAGAUCUUUCAUCACAGGGUCUUACCAGGCCUUCCCUGACAUUUACCAUGUCCUUACCAUUUCAAUAUGUAAUAUGUAAUCCAAAAAGCAGUUGAUGAUAAUUGAUGAACUUGUCAGCCCAAAAGUGCUAUCUUGAUGCCAUGAAAAAUUCUCUCAACAAUUUACAAGGAAAUGUAUGGAAGCUGUAAAGGGGAAACCAAUCAGUACUUAGCUUGAAGACAUUUUUUUUAAGAAAAGGUGGUUGAAUGAUGACUGACUGCAUCCCUCUUAAGUGACUAUGCACCAAUUUAAAAUCAUGGUGAUUGUCACCAAGGGCUCAUUUUCAUUUACUCUGUAGAUGCGAAGUAAGGAAAUGGAAGUCCUGACUGAAUUCAACAGAAGAACUGGUUUGAAGACAGUACCAAUAAUGCCAGAAAAGAUAGAGCAUCUCAAAUAUAAGUAAGUGAAUGUCACAGUACACUGUUUUAAACCUCGUCUAAAAAAACAGCAUAUGAAGUAACAAAAAGUUAAGUGUGUAUCAACCCAGCUUUCCUAAAAAAGUGUGACUGGAGCUUGGUGUGGUGAUAGUGAGAAAUUAGAAAGAAUUUUUUUGUUAAAAGAGAAAAAAACUUGCUUAUUUUUAAAAGUGAUGUGGGGCUAUUAGGUUAGUUUAUAAUUCCAAGACAAGCAUCAGAAUCAGGUGAGAAUGAGUUCAAGACAGGGAGCUAGUGUUUGGCACAAUGUGCCACAUUUUAGCCAGUAAAUGAUCUUUGCAUUUUUGUUUUAUAAUUUUUUUUCCAGGCCAUUACCUGAUGAAAAGAAGAUUGUCACAGAUGAGAUUUCAGUUCAUGAGAGGAUGAACAAUAAAGUGGAGGAAGUCUUGAGAGAGGAAUAAAUCAAUAAAAAAGGAAAAUAUGCUCUAUGAUGGGCUGAGCCGACUAUUCAGUGAAGCAAUACGACCUGCAACAAUCUAAUGGAAAGCUGCAGCUCUUCAGUCUAGUUGUGCUAUGGUUGGGAACAAUGUAUUUGACAACCUUUCUUUUGCAAUAUUGGUUAGGUCUUCUUGAGAGGCAGAGAAUCACCAGUUUCAUUUCGAAACAGCUUUAAAUUCUCUUCACAAAUUUACAAGAAAGUGUACAUUAGUCAGAGGAGGGAAUCGGAAGAUGAAAAGAUUGGAAGAUUUAGGAUGUUUUGAGGAGGGCGUCAGCAGAAUAGGGUAACAUAAGCAGAACGUUUAUAAGUCUCGUUAGAUAAGCGCUGAAAAGACAAAGGCCAUGCUAGCGUGGUAGAUCAACGUGAAAAGACGCAAUAAGGGAAAUAUCCCAUCGUUAUCUGUGCCUUAAUCUUUUUGUAUUUAUUUUUGUUAUGAUUGGUAUUAUCAUUGUUACUCUUUCUUGCUGUCCGUUCGAUUAUUUCAUAGUACUUGUUUGGUCGCUUUCACGACUAUGUGAACCAUAAAUAAUAAACUGCUG